UAGAAUGUCCUUCGUACGCUCUCUACUUGGAGGGCUUCCGGGGAAGAUUAGCUUCCGAGCAACAGCUUCUUCCUUUCUGGAGGUAACCCCUCAUUCGACUUUUUCUCUUUUCCCUAUUGGAAUGGGUCGUCGCUUUCAAUCAACCGAAGCCGAUGCCAAAGAUCUUGAUCGCUUAAAUAAGCUUCGUAACAUUGGUAUUUCAGCUCAUAUUGAUUCUGGUAAGACAACAUGUACAGAACGUAUUCUUUAUUACACUGGCCGUAUCAAGGAAAUCCAUGACGUCCGAGGACGUGAUGGUGUUGGUGCAAAAAUGGAUUCUAUGGAUUUGGAAAGAGAAAAGGGUAUUACUAUUCAAUCAGCUGCUACUUAUGCAAGCUGGGGAGAUCACAAUAUUAACAUUAUCGAUACUCCUGGUCACGUCGAUUUCACUAUUGAAGUAGAGCGUGCCUUGCGUGUGCUUGAUGGUGCUGUCUUGAUUUUAUGUUCUGUCUCUGGUGUUCAAUCUCAGACGAUUACUGUCGAUCGUCAAAUGCGUCGUUACAAUGUCCCCCGUAUUUCCUUUAUCAACAAGAUGGAUCGUGCUGGUGCAAAUCCAUUCCGUAUUAUUGAUCAACUUCGUCAAAAGCUCAAGUUGACUGCUGCCGCUGUUCAAAUCCCUAUUGGCGCAGAAGAUCAAUUUGCUGGUGUUGUGGACUUGAUUAAAUGGAAGGCAUACUAUAACAAAGGUGAUAACGGUGAACACUUGGUCGAAAGUGAUAUCCCUGAAGAGUUGAUGCCCCUCGCUACCGAAAAACGUAAUGAACUGAUUGAACAACUGGCUAACGUGGAUGAUGAAAUCGCUGAUCUUUAUCUUGCUGAGGAAAUUCCUACUGCCGAACAACUCGUUGCUGCUGUUCGUCGUGCUACCAUCUCAUUGAAGUUUACGCCUGUCUUGAUGGGCUCUGCCUUCAAGAAUACUGCUGUACAACCCCUUUUGGAUGCCGUCGUCAACUACUUGCCUAAUCCUACCGAAGUUACUAAUGUUGCUUUGGACAUCAAUAAGGAUGAAGAAAAGGUCGAACUCAAGCCCUACUCCAACAGUCCAUUCGUUGGUCUCGCUUUCAAGUUGGAAGAAGGUCGCUAUGGUCAAUUGACUUAUAUGCGUAUUUACCAAGGUACUUUGAAGAAAGGAUCCUUUAUCACCAACGUAAAGACUGGUAAGAAGAUCAAGGUUCCUAGACUUGUUCGUAUGCAUGCUGCUGAUAUGGAAGACGUUGAUGAACUUGGUGCUGGUGAAAUUGGCGCCAUUUUUGGCGUUGACUGUUCCAGUGGUGACACCUUUACUGAUGGCACUCUCAAAUACACCAUGACCUCCAUGUACGUCCCUGAACCUGUCAUUUCUCUUUCUAUCAACCCCAAGGGUAAGGAAAGCCCAAACUUCUCCAAGGCCUUGAACCGUUUCCAAAAGGAAGACCCUACUUUCCGUGUUCAUGUUAACAGUGAAUCCAAGGAGACUAUUAUCUCUGGUAUGGGUGAACUUCACUUGCAAAUUUACGUUGAACGUAUGAAGCGUGAAUACGGUGUCGAAUGUGUUACUGGUAAACCUCGUGUUGCUUUCCGUGAAACCAUCACUCAACCCGCCAAGUUCAACUACACUCACAAGAAACAAUCUGGUGGUGCUGGUCAAUUCGGUCGUGUCAUGGGUGUGAUCGAACCUAUGGCCCGUGAUGAAGAAACUGGAAAGGAUAUUGAAUUUGAAAACCGUGUUGUUGGUGGUAACAUUCCCACUAACUAUAUUCCUGCAUGUGAAAAGGGUUUCCUUGACGGCCUUGAAAAGGGUCCUUUAAUUGGUCAUCCUGUGAAUGGUGUUCGUAUGAUCUUGGAAGAUGGUGCUGCUCACUCUGUUGAUUCUAGUGAAUUAGCUUUCCGUAUUGCUACUAAGAACGCCUUCUCGGAAGCAUUUGCUAAGGCUAGACCUACCAUUUUGGAACCCAUCAUGAAUGUUUCCAUUACAGCCCCUACUGAAUUCCAAGGCGCCGUUAUCGGUGGUCUCAACAAGCGUAAGGGUACUAUUGUAGAUACUGAAAUUCAAGAAGACUACUUCCAAGUGACUGCAGAUGUUCCUCUUAAUGAUAUGUUUGGCUAUUCUACAGAAUUAAGAUCUGCUACUCAGGGCAAAGGUGAAUUCACUAUGGAAUACAAAGAUCAUCAACCCGUUCAAACAAACGUUCAAGAAGAACUCAUUCAACAAUACAAGAAGGAACAAGCCAAUAAGAACAAAUAAUAUGUUAGAAUACCAACAGAUGCUUCUCUCCUUAUAAAAAGUUUUAUUUAAUAAACAAAUUCUGUACUAUUUUAUAGAUCAGUAUGUCUUUUUCGUUCUUAAUAGAUGUAUAAUUAGUAAAUCAG